UAUGUGUUCAAAUCUCCACAGCAUAGUUGAAUCACUGCACAAUGUCCUGCCCAGAGCAAGUAUUUAAUUAAUAUUACUACUUCUUGAAUGGGCAAGUACUUAGCAAGGCGGCCUAGAGAACCAGCUCUGCUCACUUCUCAGUUUGCUUCUUCAGCCUUUUUAUUUCCCUUCUUUUGAUUUCACUUUCCAUUUCUCUAACUUGAGAGUUUCUGCAAUAGUAACAACCAAACAGCAGUCAUUGAUAAAAGGCUGUAUUUUGUCUAGGUGAUUUAAUUGUUGAUCCAAUCUCUGGCAUGGUAAGGUUCUUGUUCAUAAUCCCAAACACGCAGCAGUAACCUCAAAGGAGGGUUACCCGUGAGACGGUUCCUAAGGCAUCCUUCAGGAUUCUAGUCACUUUGCAGCUGCUCCCUCACAAGGUGUUUCUGACUGGUCACAGUUAUCCUUACUGUCCUGGAAGGUGUUUUGAAAACUGCCACUGACACACCUGAAGCCGGCUGAGCCAGCUCAAGUCAACAUCUCCGGCUGGCUCCGCCCUGGCUGGAACCUGUGAUAAGGUCCCAGGGAGCUUCUGAGGAAGAUGAAUGGGGAAGUUCUUUGGGGCGGGAGCAAGCUGCAGCUGGUAGGGAGAAAUCGACACUCAGCUACCGCUCUUUGCUCUGCUCUUUGGAACCACAUCUCGAGACCCGCUUAGUCCCCCAGCCGCGUCGUUGGGUUCAGGUAGCGCCCGGGCCCGGGACCAUGUACACCCGAAGUAGGGUGGUGGGCUCCAAGCUCAGCGCCUCCCCUGCCUCCCACCCCUCCCGGGCCCCUGAUGGGCUGCCCGGGGAGCUAGGGCCCCAGACAGGCCAGAGAUCUGGUUUGGACGCUGGCGGAGACAGCGCUUCACGAGAGAGCCUGCAGCGCUCGCGCCAGAGCACAGGUGCAUAUACCUUGAUAAGCCCAAAUGAAAACCGGAGAAAUAAGAUACAAAGGAUUGCUGAGCAAGAGCUGGCAAACCUGGAGAAGUGGAAGGAGCUGAAUAGAGCUAAACCCAUUCAUCUGGAGCCAAAGCGGUUAGGUGGAAGCCAAUCAGAGACUGAAGUCAGGCAGAAACAACAACUCCAACUGAUGCAAUCUAAAUACCAGCAAAAGCUAAAAAGAGAAGAAUCUGUAAGACUCAAGAAGGAAGCUGAAGAAGCUGAACUCCAAAAAAUGAAGGCCAUUCAGAGAGAAAAGAGCAAUAAACUGGAGGAGAAAAAAAGACUUCAAGAAAAACAAAGAAGAGAAGCAUUUAGAGAGCAUCAUCAAUACAAAACUGCUGAGUUCUUGAGCAGACUGGACACAGAGUUGCCAAACAGAAAUGCCUGUCAGAUUGUUCUUCCUGACCCGCAGUCCCCAACAUUGAAACUUCCUGUCCUUCCUAGGAAUCACAGCUGGGCCAGAAGCCAGGCUUAUAAGGAUUCUCUAAGGGAGGAAGAAAACCUAAAAUUGCAAAAGAUGAAGGAUGAGCAACACCGGAAGAGUGAAUUACUGGAACUUAAACAACAGCAACAAGAGAAAGAAAGAGCCCAAAUCCACCAAACUGAACACAGGAGGGUAAAUAAUGCUUUUCUGGACCGACUCCAAGGCAGAAGUCAACCAGGUGGCCUCGAGCAGUCUGGAGGCUAUUGGAAUAUGAAUAGUGGUAACAGCUGGGGUAUUUGAGAAAUAUUUACGUCCAUCAGAGCCUCGUCAACUGACCUUCAAAAACCUCAUGAGAUGCUUUUCCUUAAUGUGAUUUUGUUGGGCCUGACUGUUUGCUCCUUGAUUUCAACUGCCCACCCAUUCCAAUGAGCAGUUGGGGCUGACCAGUUUCUUCCUGUCAUUAUUUACGCAUGUUUGCAGGCACUGAUUACUGAACUCAUAUUUAAUCUCUACUGCCAGUGGAAUGUUACAUUAUUUUUCUAAUUGGUUUUGCCUCUUAUUGGAAGUAUAAUUAGAGUGAUGUGAGUGAGAUAUAUAUAUAGAAGAAAUCACUUGAUGCUUUUAAGUUUGUGAGAGCUUGUGGGUGCUACAGGCUUUUCCCUCAGCAACUGAUUCUUAUCCAGUUCUCAGAUCAGGUUUGGGGACACUGGGGUCAUUUUAGAUUUUAAUCUCUACUUUCUUAGUGCAGGAUACGAAUAUGUGCAAAAGAAAAAGGAAAUCUCUCAUGUUCUUUUAAGCAAGUUUAUCAAAUAAAUUGUAAAAUAUUUCUGUA